AAAAAAAACCUCUGCAAAUCGAUCUACACACAUUUGACAGUCGACAGAUUUGACUUCACAAACCUGGCAAACUUGGUAAAUCAAACCAAGUAUUUCCAACAAAGUAAAUCCAAUCUUGUAGCAGAGUGGUACCCUAAAACAAGACUUUGUUUCCAGGUGGACUCAUCAAAACCUGUGCACCCUAACUAGCGAAAGCUGUUGCAGCUUCUGAUUUUCAAAAGUGCUUUUAAGUUUUAUGUGCAAUAUGCAUCAUAAGAGUGACCAACCUGACCAACCCCUGACUUAAUUUGCUCCUCAUCUUUCACAUCUUCAAGCUCGCUCUCAAUGUCAGCACUCUUUACCAUUUUUGAAUGGACAAUGCCUUCCUGCAAAGUUUUAUCCCCUUUCCUGCACCUCCCAGCUUCCAUCAGCUGUUCAUUCUGAUCUUAACUACAACAUAAGUAACAUAAUUUGCAAGAUCCCUUUCUGAUAGUGCAUCCCUUAUCAUGCACAAAUUGUAGAGUGUCACCUCUACAUUAGAAAAGUAGUCUGGCAUAGAUUGAUCUUGUUGGAUCAGUCUAAUGAAGCCUUUUUCCUCGAUUAACUUCUUUUGUGGUUUUGAUCUGAUUAUUUUGAUCUUAAUUAUCUAAGAGGACUUAAAUGUCCUUUCAAAAUAAGCACCUGCCUCUCAUUCAUUUACCUGGAUCUCUGAAGCUACAAAUCAAAUAUGUGGUCCAUGUUCAUCGUGCAGGAUGAAGAGGUAAGGACUGCACCUGCUGGGGUGCAUCAACCUUCAGGUGGUCUGGAAGGGUUUAUGGGAUCCCGGAGCGAUGGACGCAAACGCAGACUUAUAACAUUGUCCCGUUCUGGCAACAGCAUUAGCGAAAGCCAAGAGGGAAAGAUUAAGCUGACAUUUUUCAUGGCUUUGACUGGCCUCAUGCUUUCUGUGCUUGGGGUGGGUACAGAAUUUUGGGUGGAGCUGGCUCCAUCAAAGAGCUUCUUCAACAAUCAGACUUGCCUGGCAGCACAUUACGGUUUGUGGAAAUGUUGCACCAAGAAAUUCUGGGUGUCAGAUAUUAACCCAAAGCAGGACAGCUGUGGGCCACUGGAUUUACAGAAAGAAUCCAAUUGCACCUUCUUCAAGUUCUACACCACUGGAGAAAACAUUGUCCUAUUUCAGAAAACACCAGAAAGGGAUCUGACUAUAGCAGCAGCCAUGUUUGCUAUCUUAAGUCUUUUCCUGAUGGUGAUGGGGGCUGUCUGCAUCAUCAUGGCAGUAAACAAAGGUGUGCAGUUCUUCUUGAAGCCAGCCUCUGUUUGCUUCAUACUCUCAGGUCUCUUAACCUUCCUCUGUCUCAUUGUCUUCCACCAAUCAGUGCUUUCAUUAUUGGCAAGUGACCAAUCCAUACCUCUACACCAUAAAAUGUCAUGGUCAGCGACAUGUGUGGGCUGCUCUGGAGCUCUUGUUGUUGUUGCCGGGGCCUUGUUCUUGGUCCUUGCUCUUCCUUACAGUCCUUGGGAAAAAUGCCUUCCUAAAAAGAACAGUGACAUCUAGUGGUGUGGAGGCUAAAGAGCACUUUGCAUCCAGGUUUGCAUUGCAUCCAGGUUUGCACUGCAUCCUUUUAAUACUGUGGAACAGAACCGUAUUCCAUUACAUCUUGGAGAACCUAUGGAACUGAAGAAUUAAUGGACUACUGUUCCAUAUAUAGGAUGUGUUAAGUUAAAACAAUGCAAUAUAUUGCUUUUGUUUGAGGGUUGGCAAAAUGUAGUAAGAAUAGCAAGGAGUUGGCACUGGAGAGUAUGGUGUAAGAAAUGUAACUGGAGGUGGGCAUUUUAGAAGAUUACACAUGAUAUUAGGAUGGAAUGGUUCAGUGAUUUGAUCAUGAAGCCUAAAGUUAAUAACUUGUAGUGUAAUGGUUCUUACUGCAGAAUAUGUAAGCCAUUUAUGUAUUUUCCCCCCAAAAUAUUACAGUUAAACUUGAUGUGGUAUUACCCUCAUAUAGUUCCAAAUCUGUAAAAUUUUGUCUUCCAUGAUGGAACACAAAAUGAGAGAUUAUGAAUAAUGACAGUCUCAGUCACCAUUCACUUUAAUUGUAUUGAAAAAUAUAUAUGGGUUUGGAACAGCUGGAGGAUGAGUAAAUGACAGCAUUUUCAUUUUUGAUUGAAUUAGCACUUUAUUUUACUUAUUUAUGCUUUGUGUUUUUAUGCUUUUAUAUGCCCAUGAAAAGCUUUGUUGAUUCAUCCCUGGUUUUAAACAGCCCUCUUCAUCUGGAGAUGGUUUAGUUGAUGACAGCAAUGAGAUGAACUGAAAUGAAAAGUUUUAAUUAAAAGCCACAUUGUCUGCGGCUUCUGCUUCCUAUUGUGGACACUGAUACUGUUGCUGAUCUAGCAUCAGUUAUUGAAAGCAUUAAUGCAAUUAGAGAAAUGCCUCUUAUUAGUAAUGUGUCAUUUUAAAAAUCAAACUUUGUUUGAAGAGUAUGCAUUUUAUUUAAUAUAUGCGCUGCACAAAUUUGAGAUUUUUAUAAAACAAAAUAUGUAUGAAUAAAUAUGUUUUAGUAAUGAGGAUACACAAAUAUUUUAGAAUCAGGGCCACGAGAAAUUAUUUAUGGGGGUUCAUAUGUGAUGGGAUAAAUGUACUGUAAAAAAAAAAAAUUAAUUGUGGGGAAUAUUUUUGCAAACAGCUAUUUGAUUUUACUUUGAUUUUUUUUUUUUUUUUUCAGUUUUAUUCAAAUAUUCAUUGACACUACAGGCUUACUAAAAACUAUAAGAAUCUAAAACAAACUUACACAUUUAAUUUAUGCACAAUAAACAAAUAAGUUCAGUUUUUUGUAAAAUCGGGCAAAUAGUUGCCUUAAUUCCUAAAUAAGAUAAGCUUUUUGCAUCUUUCUGGUUAGAGUUCUAUUAUUAUUAGCGGUCCUGGGUUUGGUUCACCGAUUCCCAUGAAAGUUUGCAGUCACCAUUAUUUUUGUUCUUGUCUCAGGUGUAGCUUGUUGGUUAACAUUUGUUGUGACUUUCAAGGUCUUACUGUACAUAAAUACAUAUUUUUAAUACAUUUAAAUGCAUUGGAUACUGAAUGUGAUAGUAAUGCACAUUAAUAACAAAUAAAGACUGGCGCAGAUCUCUUUAUGCAUUGUUUGUUUGCUUGUUUAUUUAUUCAUUGAUUCCUAUUCCUAUAACUUUGUUGUCUGCCACCAACAUCAACUGCAUUUUGUACACAUGCAGUGAUCAACAGGUAUACUUCCUACAUGCAAUUCAGUGUUGUCAGAUAUGUGAAAUGACAUCCAUGCUGAAGCCGAGAUUCUAUUGCCUAUUUCCAAAUUCCAUCCAUCAGUUUCGAAUGUUUGGCAUGCUCUCUUGAUAUGCAUUACUGCGUGUGCCAAUCAUUGUGUGAUUGUGACCCUUUUCUGCACUUGAAUGAAUGCAAAUUUGGCAUAAACGAAUAAAACCAAUGCAACAUCAAACCCCUUGACUUCAUUCCUCAUUUUUUCUCUCACUGUCACAU